CAGACACUAUUAUAUCAGCAAAAAUCCCGUAUUGGUCUAAACGUGAAGCUCAACAGAGAGGCGCCAAACGAAGCAUAAAGUCUGCUGUUUUAGAACCUUGAUCUGUUCCAGAAGAGAAUUUACAAAAUUAUCACCAGUAUUCCCCCCCUCUACCAUGCGUGUGAAUGCUUCCUUUGCUAAACUAUGUCUAAAAGGAAGAAAGCUGAUGCAGUGGAAGUGCCUCAUAAAAGAGUAAAAUCAUUACAGGCAGAGUCACUGGAAGAAGAGAUCUGUACUAUUCAAGACAGUAGUUCUCAUCAUACAUCACACAAUGCCUCAGGGGAGGUUGGUAUUAUAGAGAGUAUCUUUCUGAAGAACUUCAUGUGCCAUUCUCUGCUUGGUCCCUUUACAUUCGGACCAAAUGUCAACUUUGUUGUUGGGAACAAUGGAAGUGGAAAGAGUGCUAUAUUGACAGCUUUGAUCGUGGGUCUGGGAGGCAAAGCACAGAACACCAACAGGGGCUCUUCACUCAAAUGUUUUAUCAAAGAAGGCGAGAGCUCUGCAGAAAUCUCAAUUACUCUAAGGAACAGAGGCCAGGAUGCAUACAAACCAGAUGUGUUUGGGCAGUCUAUAAUCAUUGAUCUUCGCAUUUCCAGUGAAGGACUGAGAACCUACAAGCUAAAAAGUAAAACAGGACAACUUGUGCCGUUUAAAAAGGAGGAACUGAUAUCAAUCCUUGAUCACUUCAAUAUACAGGUGGACAAUCCUGUUUCUGUCCUGACACAAGAAAUGAGCAAACAUUUCCUUCACUCCAAAGGAGAAGGAGAAAAAUACAAGUUCUUUAUGAAAGCAACUCAACUGGAACAGAUGAAAGAAGACUACAGCUACAUAAUGGAAACAAAGGCCUUAACCCAAAAUACAUUGGAGAAACAUGAGGAGAAUCUUCAAGAAAUGCGACGUAAAUACAAGGAGAAGGAGGACCGUUAUAAGAAUCUUACCUCACUGGAUGAAAUGCGAGAGAAGCUGGACGAGCUAAAGAAUCAGAUGGCCUGGGCACUGGUGACUGAAAUGGAGCAGGAAGCUAAGCACAUUAAAGAAUCGAUUGCAGUGGAGGAAAAAUCUACUAAUAAAUAUGACCAAAAAGUGGUAGAGUGGAAGGACAAAGUAGCAGAAGCAGAGCAGAGGUACAAGCAGUUUCAUGAUCAAUUGGAGCAUGUUACUGAGCAGAUGCAAAGGCUGCAGCCUGAAUGCGGUCUGCUUAAAAACCAAGUACAAGAAUGCAACCAAGUUUUUAAAGCAGCAGAGACUGGGUUUCAUAAACAAAAGAGCAAUUUAAGAGACUUGGAGAGGGACAAAGAACAGCUCACAAAGCGCAUCAGUGAACUAAAGCAGAAUAUCCAUCAGUCAAAUGCAACUGCAAAUCAGACCCGUAUGGAACAGAUGAAAUUCAUUCAGGCUGAGUUGGAUGCUCUGACUUUCCAGGAGUCUUCUCUGACUCACCAGAUCGAUCAAUUUCAGAUGGCUCGUGUCACUGUCAAGGAGAAGCUCAGUAAGAUGAGGCAAGAAGAGCAGGAGUUUCAGCAUGCACUUGAAUUAAAACGGCGUGAACUUACUGCCAUGAACUGUAGCAAAAAGGAUGAAGUCCGGCGUUUUGGUGAGCAAAUGCCUGCAUUUUUAAUGGCUGUAGAAGAAGCCUACAAUCGGAGAGAGUUCAAAAGAAAACCAGUUGGACCAAUUGGAUUCUGUAUUCGGUUGCGUGAUGCAGACCUGGGCCUUGCUGUGGAAAGCUGCCUAAAGUCUUUGAUGCUGGCUUUCUGCUGUGAUAACUACACAGAUGAAAAAGUGUUACAAGCUCUCAUGAUCCAAAACUUUCCACCUGGAUCCAGGCCUCAAAUUAUUGUUAGUGAAUUCACCGACACACCUUACGAUAUCAGUAGCAGAGCUGUCAAUCAUUCCAAAUACCCCACAGUUCUUCAGGCCCUUGAUAUUGAUAAUCCAGUUGUGGCUAAUUGUCUUGUGGACAUGAGGGGUGUUGAGACUAUUCUUCUUAUUAAGAAUAAUAAGGAUGCACGAAGAGUGAUGCAGGGGGGACACCCUCCUCAUAACUGCAAAGAGGCAUUUACGUGUGAAGGGGACCAGGUGUAUUGCAAUCGCUACUACUCCUCAGAAAGACAAAGGGCACGCUACCUAAAGCAUGAUCUGGAGCAGGAAAUCAGGGAUUUACAAGCAGCUAUGCAGAUACAGGAGGCACAUUUAGGCACUUUUAAGCAAGAAGUUCAACAAGUUGUUGAUGAUUUGCAUCAGAAUGAAGCUCUUAUGAAAAGAACCCUGGAUGACUGCAAAAAAAUUAAGGAACAUCGGCGGAAACUUCAGUUGGAGAUAAAUGAUCUGCAAAAUUUAGAUGAACCACAGUCAGAGGACCUAAAACCUCUGGAAGAUGAGCUGGACGAGUUGAGUACCAGGUUAUCUAUGUGUCGUGAGACAUAUAAAACACAACAGCAACAGAUGUUGACGCUUAAAAUUGCAUAUGAGGAAGCAGAAUUUCUCUACCGUCAGCAAAGAGAAGCAAUACAUAGUGUGGCUGAGAAGGCAGAACCCAUUAAGGAGUUGUUGAGUCUGAGUGACCAGGAAGUAGAGAAGAGCAAGCACCAUCAUAAACAUUAUGAGGAUAAACGUAAAGCCCAUAUCAACAACAUCCAGUCUUUACGGAAUAUCUUGGGAGAUAAGGAGCAAGAAAUUAAGGCUUCCAUGGAAAAAGCUUCAGAAAUCUGCCCAGUGUGUCCAAAUGUAAGGAGAACAGCCAAAAGUCUUGACAGCGAGAUCAACCGUUUAAAACACAAAAUUAGCGUACAGCAAGACCAACAAGGAGACAGAGACAGCAUCAUCAGGGAGUACCAGGAGGCUUUGGAGAACUAUAACAGGAUUUCCCAACAAGUGAAGAGUCUAAAUCGCUUUAUCCAUCUACUAAGCAACAUUAUGAACAUGAGACAUAAUGGCUACACUGAAUUAAGAAGGUAUCUUUCUGUCCGUUGUAAGUACUACUUUGACUCCAUGCUGUCCCAAAGAGGAUACACAGGCAAGAUGACUUUUAACCACAAGAAUGAGACUCUUUCUAUUUCAGUGCAGCCAAGAGAAAGUGAUAAAGCUGCUCUUAAUGACAUGCGUUCUCUGUCAGGAGGAGAGCGUUCAUUUUCCACUGUGUGCUUUGUUUUGUCACUCUGGGCCAUAGCUGAAGCUCCAUUCCGCUGCCUGGAUGAAUUUGAUGUGUACAUGGACAUGGUGAACCGGAGGAUUUCCAUGGACAUGAUGUUAAAGAUUGCAGCUAGCCAGCGCUAUAGGCAGUUCAUUUUCCUUACUCCACAAAGCAUGAGCUCUCUUCCAAUAAAUAAUCUCAUCCGUAUCCUGCGUUUAAAUGACCCAGACCGCAGCCAGUCUGUUCUGCCAUUUGGUCAGAUUAACCCUGGAAUUAUGCAGUGUGACUAAAGUGUAAAUGUUUGCCUCAUUUAUCACAGUAACAUUUUCUCAAAAGUGUCCAAUAUAGCAGUAUAUGUUUUUAUAAUGUAUACUUUUUUUAGCAUAUUAAAUAUCUUUUAUAUGCUAAAGUAUAUUCUUUCUGUUCUGUAUAAUGUAAACUAUUUUUUGUUAGGGAAAAAAAUCAAUAAAAUACUUGA